AAACACCCCCGGAGUGUCGCGGCGGCCGCCUCUUUUGGGUCCAUACGGAUCACAAAAUUCUUUGAUCUAUUGAUCGCCUAAUACUUUCUCCAAUUGACUCCAUUCCGUUCCUUCCCUCGGCCGCCGAUUCUCCUCCUUCCACCGGAUCCUACUGUGUCAUCGGCUCCGCUUCCUCUCGAGGUUUCCAUUUGCAUCUUGGUUUAGUCUACAUACCACUUCAUUGAUAUAAGGUGAUGACUAAGCCACGUAGCAGAUCCAUCAAUGGGUUUUGCAAGAUGUCAAGUAUUAAUGGUUGUACUUCCAUGGAAUCUGAGUGUUUGAAUGGAAACAGGAAAGAGAUGGAUGUCCAUGAGCCUUUCACAUUGAAAGACCAACCGAGACACCGUCAACUGACACCUUUGAGGGCUUUCAGGGGUGUAGCAUGUUUAGUAAUAUUACUUUCGACUGCUUUUAUGAUGAUUGUUUAUUGGGCCCCUGUGACCACUCUUUUAUUGCGUCUUGUCAGUGUACAUUACAGCAGGAAGGCAACUUCCUUUCUCUUUGCUACAUGGUUAUCUCUGUGGCCCUUUUUGUUUGAGAAGAUUAAUAAGACCAAGGUGGUUUUCUCUGGUGAAACCGUGCCUACGGAAGAGCGAGUUUUGCUCUUUGCUAACCACAGAACUGAAGUUGACUGGAUGUAUUUGUGGGAUCUUGCAUUGAGGAAGGGUCACUUGGGAUACUUAAAGUAUAUCCUUAAGAGCAGCUUGAUGAAACUGCCUAUAUUUGGUUGGGGGUUUCAUGUUUUGGAGUUUAUUGCAGUGGAAAGAAAGUGGGAAAUUGAUGAAUUAAUCAUGGGAAAGAAGCUAUCAAGUUUUAAAGAUUCCAGAGAUCCUCUGUGGCUUGUUGUUUUCCCUGAGGGCACUGACUAUACUGAAAAGAAGUGUAUAAAAAGCCAACAGUUUGCAUCUGAAAAUGGUUUGCCAAUUCUGAAAAAUCUGCUUAUUCCGAAGACAAAGGGAUUCUUUGCGUGUUUGGAAGCUUUAAGCAAUUCCUUAGAUGCGGUUUAUGAUGUCACCAUUGGCUACAAACAUCACUGCCCGACUUUUAUUGAUAAUGUUUUUGGUGUGGAUCCUUCUGAAGUCCAUAUUCAUGUCCAACGGGUCCUCCUCCGUGAGAUACCAACAUCUGAAACUGACGCAGCUAAGUGGUUGAUAGAGAGAUUCAGGCUCAAGGACCAACUCCUAUCUGAUUUUACUGCUCUUGGAUAUUUUCCUAAUCAAGGAACUGAAGGAGAUAUUUCUACAUUGAUGUGCCUAGUAAAAUGCUUCGUGGUUAUAGUUUUAACAAGCAUCUUCAUGUACUGGACAAUUUUCUCGUCUGUUUGGUUCAAAAUUUACGUAGCAUUCAGCUGUGCUUAUCUUUCAUUCACGACAUACUUCAGCAUACUCCCAUCGCCACUAUCUGCUAAGGCAUUGUUCUGUGGAAAGAGCAAAACCUUGUAAUUUGUAUCAUGUUACUCUUUUACUUAUCUUGUUCCAUUAAAAAUAUUAAUAUCAUUAUUCUAGGCUGCUGAAUUUCUA